AUGUACUACUUACCACUGACCAUCGACUUUUGUAACUCUCUAGAAGCAACCCGACUGUUUCAGGUGCGCGAUAAGAUUCUGACAUAUACCCCGGUAGCGGAGUCUAGUACUCAUUCCAUCUUUUGGAGAGAUUUUAAUUUGGGGGCGGAUAGAUGUAAGAAGUUGGAGGUAGCUAAGCUCGUAAGCAUUUGUUUGGUCGAUAAUGCAGGGCGUACUUGUAGGGCAUUUGUCUGCCCUAUGAGGAGGAGCGGAAUCCCAUAUAUGAUUCGUGCCAACACAGUGCCCCCCUUGUGCUUUAGGGGGUUUCAACACUGCAGGUCAUCGUCUGAGAACCAGCCGUCCGACCUCCGAACACAAUGGACAUUACGACCAGGGAGACCGAGAGGUGCGUGUAGCCCUAUGAAUCAUAUGAAUCAGUUGGCUGCUUUGCUGAUGCUGGUUGGUGAUACGGUAAGCGGAUGGUACGGAAGGCGUUCCCGUAUGAACUAUUACUCUCGUGAUUCCGAAGAGAGGAGACCAUCCAUCCUGACACUUUUCCCUACCAAGUAUCGCAAGUAG